CCACUCGAGCAGGCAAUACACACUUAAAAAUUGAGAGUUAAAAACUUUGUUUGGGCAGACAAGUUCGAAUCGUUCAACGUUAUGGACGAGGACCUCGCCAAUCCGAGCAUGGAUAGAAGUGACUUUACUCGUGGGGGUCGCUUCGUCAGCCAGAGCACCAUCACCUUGGCCCCCGGCAUGGACUCCACCCGACUGCUCUUCAUGGGCGACCACUUCCAGCAGCAGCCUAGUGAGCAGGACAUCUUCUUCGAUUGCCUCGGCCCGGCGGAGGAUUCGCCGCGAGAGGGCCGCAGUGCCACCAGUCGUUGCAAAUUCGACGAUCCGGCUGCGAUUCGGGACGCCCUGGAACGGGCGGCCAAUGCUACCCAGAUGCUGCUCAAGAAUUUCGACAACUCCGGCGGCUGGAAUCGCCCGUGUGCCGUCACCCUGGAGUUGACUGCUCGACUGGUGGAUCCGAAGAAGAGUCGCUUGGGAUGUCCGCUGCACGGCAAGCCCGUCACUGUCCAGAUGCCGCUGGAGUUCAAUCCGCAGAGCGGCAAGAUGGCCAGCUGCCAGCAGAAGCAUCAUCCGCCGGCCGGCCAAAAGCAUCGCAAGGAGUCCAUCUGCCAGUGCCGCUCUGAGCAGCGGAUGCGUUCCGCCCCGAGGGCUCCACCCCAGGCCAGCUCAGAAUGCCCGGCUCUGAUGUACAUGCAGCAUGAGCGACAAUCCGACGACAACAACCCCAACUCCCGCCACCAACAGACCGAGCAAUCCUACCUGAAAACCCACUCGAAGCCGUCGAAGUGGCAGUCCCAGCCAUCUGACAUCGAGGAUCCCCAUGCCAAGCCCUCGCAGACGGAGGCCUCCUUUCUGCGGAAGCACCACACACCCAAGUACCCAGUAUCUGAGCCGGAAUCGAAGUUGGAGAAGGAUAAGGAGGAGGAGGGACAGGGGCCCACCUGCUCGUGCAAGGCCAAGAGAUCAAAGUCCGCCGAUCCGCCGGCGGUUAAGGUCCACGUGUGCCAGUGCCACCAGGAAUCGCUUCCCUGUGGCGUGAGUCGCAAUGACAAACUGCCAAGCCAAAAAGUUCCCUGCUCAGUGAGGACUUCGGUGACGGAACAAAGUGCUUUCACCUCGUUCAAGAGUGCCCUGACUGCCUGCACCAAGGAGCUCCUCGAUCCCUGCACCUGUGGCUCCAUGCCGCCCUAUUGGGCCAACCAGAGCAAUGUGGUGAGUGCCCCAUCGUAUAGCCGGGCCUCGGAUCCCAACGGAUCCUCCUUAAAAACCAAUUUCACCCUGACUUCUGGUGGCAACAAAGUCAAAAGCAAACACUCGCGUUCCAAGAGCCUAUCCAGUAUGCUCGAUAAGUCGCAUCCACCGAACCAAAGUGGCGUGACCUGGUUGUCUGCCCUCAAGGAUCCGGAUCCGGAGAUUGAAGUUAGUCCCAUUGAACAGCCUGCCAGAGCUCCCUGUACAUGCAAUGCCACGCAGACGUCUAAGGUGCCCUCGAUGGUGUCCUAUCCAACGAGCCAGGCGGCGAACUAUCGCAGCUUGUCAAGUGGUCAUCCAUGCAAUCAACCCUCCUUUGGAGCGGAUACCGAGACCUCGGCCACCACACGGUCUCAGUCGAUUGUGGGCAAGAUCACCUGCCUGUGUGCCUCGGAACAGCAGUCCACCAAGGGUUUUGUGUCCGCCCUGGCCGAUGUUCCAUCCCAUCUCAAGGAUCAAAAAGAGAAUCACGAAAGCAACUUGCAGCCCUGUGCCUCCGCCAGGAUCCAACAUCCAUCCGGCUUCUCCCAGUUCGAGGAAUUCCAGACAUCCCAAUGUGGCCCCAGUAACUCAUUCCGCUCUAGGAAAGUGAGCCUCAAAUCGCAUGAGAAGUUCUGUGACUGCGACAAGUCCUCCGAAUCCGAUUCCAGUCUCAUCGAGACCAGUCUGCACACCCACAGAAGUCUCUCUGGCGGCAGUUGCCUGUGCAAUGACGAUGAACCCCCUCCGGAGGAUCUCUCUAAGUCACCGUGUGUUAACAGGGAAUGCCAGUGCUACCUGAAGGAUGAUAUGCCAGAAAUGCUGAGUGCCCAGGAGGGCUCGGAUUUUCAGACACCACUAGAUCCCUGUGGAAAUAAGAGCAACCCCUGCAGCACGCGAAAACAGCGCAUUCUUGAGUUGAUGGAUAAGCUUACAAGUCCUAGUUGCGAUUGCGGCGUAUCUCGUCCCUGUAUGAUACAGCAGCUCUUCCGGGAACUCACGCUUCUCCUAAGAUCCGAAAAAGAGACUGCAGUUGCACCGGAGGACGAACCAUCGCCGCCUUGUCUGCAAUUCGAUGAGUGCUGUAAGGCUGAACAUGACCGGAAGGGUGGAGAGGAGGAGCCCGGCGAGAAACCCAAGACGAAGAGGCAGCUCCGGCGAUUGGAGUGCUUCCACCAGCUGGAGGAUUACCUGCGCAAAUGCUUCCUGCCGCCAGGCGAACCGGAGAUCCCCGAGACCGAUAUCUACGCCUUUGAAUUGGACCCGGAUUUCCCGCCAGAUGCGGAGACCCAAAAGUGCGUCAUUCAGCCGUGCCACCUAUCCUCAGAGCAGUUCUUCGACAUCGGAGACCCACGAACCUGCUCGGGAGAUGGCCUAGAUGGCGAUGUAUUCCUCGACUGCGAGGGCGAUGAGGAUGAGAAAAAGGAUUGUGAUUGCAAGGAGGAGUCGGAUCUUUGCAAGCAGUUGAAAGCGUUCUUCGACAAGCAGUUGCAGGAGGCGGACAUCAAUGUGGAGGGCAAUGAGUCGGAACAGAAGGCCCACAGCAUGACCCUGAAAGAGAUCUGUGAUGGCGCCACGAACACUGUGCCCAGCGAGAAGGAGGACAAGAGCGAGCAGAUAUGUCCAUUCGCCGGCAUGGUGUCCUGCUCUCCGUGGACCAAGGAGGAAACGGACUGGGCGGCCUAUCCCUACAACAUAGAUCCCUGUGCCGAGCCAGAACCACCGACGCCGGCGCCGAAGAUUCCCUGCACUGGUCUGCUACCCGAAGGAGCUCUGUCGCCCGAACUGAAGAAACUCUGCGAGGAGCUCCUACGCAAGGCUCUCAAGGACUGCGGACUAUGUCCUGGCGGUGAUGAGACGGCUCUGCACUCCUGUGAGGACACACCCGAGCCUUGCGACACAUGUCCGACGGAGUGCGAGGAGGGCGAGGAGGGCGAUGAGGAGUGCCCGGAGGAGUGCCCCGAGGAGUGCCCGGAGGAGGCGCCUGAGCAGGGAUGCCUCUGCUGCCACUGCCGCGCCCUCAUCUGCGACGACGAGUGCAAGACGGUUUCCAAGACCCUUCGCUCGGCCAUGUGCGAUCCAAUCUGCGAAAUGAAAUACUUUAUAGACUCGAUGAUUAUCGAUCUGCAUGCCAUGGACUGUGUGCUGGGCAACAAGAAGGCAAAGCCUAAGGAUGUCAAGGCAAAUGAUGCAACAAACAGGGCAGGGCCGGGUGAUAGUUUUCCGGUUACAAUUAGUAGUGUUACCCCCUUGGGUUGCACUGCUCUUUUCGUCAGAUGGGAUGUGGCGGACUGUCGUGCUAUUGCAGGAUAUGAGAUUUAUGUGGAUGGGCAUUUGACAAACAGAUUCUACAGUUUUCGGCACGAGGCCGGAGUGAUAACCGAUGUGGAGGUGGCGUGUCCCCACCAGAUAGUGCUGCGUGCCCAGGCGGUGGGUCAGGAGUUUCCCGGCGAGGGAAUGGGCAAGCUAUCGAAGGAUUGUGGCUGCCGGACGGUGGCCGUUACUAAUCCGGAAUUGGCGGCCGGGGCUGAGAGGCCGUGGUCGCCCAGUGUCUACUAUUAUGAUCCCAACCAAUUCAAUGCGCCGUCGGCGGGAGGCGUGCCAGAGUGCUAGUCAAGAAUCAUAUAUAUACCAUAUAUAUAUAUAUAUAUUUAUAUAUAUAUAUAUAUAUCGAAUAUCAUCGGAUAUAUCACCGUUAUCGGAACAAAGGAGUUAGCCGCUCCCUCACAUUUUAGCUUGUACAUAUAGCCUAACGUAUAUGUAGUGUUUGUUAAGAGUUGUUUUUCUGGACGAUACGAAUUGAAAUUAUCUGUAUGUAGUGCUUUACAUAGUGCCUUAAAUCGUAAUACUAGUUUUUAAACGGAUAUCAAUGCAUUGUUAAGGACUUGAAAGCAGAUUAAUCCAUUCAGAUGGUACCGUGUUAGUUGGCAAAAACCAAAUUCACUUUAAAUAAAUGAAUCUCAUUGUUAGAGAUAUCACAAAAAGUAAA